UUUCUUUCAUAGAUACAACGAUUUCGAGGCAGCGAACCAAAACAUACUGCGUGACCAUAUACAGGACGCCAGUGAUCUCGGCAUACUCUCACAUAUGAAGGAUUGAGAUUUCAAAUCAUCGUUUGCUGGCAUGUCACUUCUUUCCCAGUCGGCCUCAUUAGGAAGCCUUACCGGCCCUGCCAAGUUGGACGCGGUCAAGAAGCUUCUGGACAAGCUGAGUGAAGAGCUCAAGAGUGCAUCCCUCCAGCCUCAAGAGCGUGAUGCCGCUCUCGAGGAGCUCAAAGUGUACGGCCGGGAUCCGAACAAUGCGGAUCCUAUUUUCACGAAGGAGGGCAUGGAGACCGUCACGAAAUUUGCCUUCGAUCACCCUUCAGACACCACAUCCCGGAACGCACUCAGAGUCCUCUGCAAUGCCCUGUUCCUCAAACCCGAGACAAGGCAAAUCUUCGUAGAUCUGGGAUACGAACCCAAAGCAUGCAGCAAACUGAAAAAUGACAGCCGGGACGACGAGUUCCUCGUCUCCAGGCUCAUCCUCCUCACUACCUACGGCACGAGCAUCGACCUCUCAACCCUGAUAGAGCAGCACCACUUAGCCGACUCUAUCAUCCAGAACCUCUCAAGGCAUGCUAGCAGGUUCGCCACGGAAGCGGUCGCUCCAGCCAGAGCAGGCCCGAUGGAGCAGAUGGCCUUGGCCGAAACCCUCAAACUUCUCUUCAACGUCACCAAUUUUGCCAAAAGCCACACCAGCGCCUUCGACCCAGCGCUGCCGCACAUCACAACCAUCCUCCGUUUCCACGACCUCCCACAAACGAAAACUCCACUUGAACCCCCUUUCGGCCUCUUGAUCAAUGCCCUCCUAAACCUCGACCUAAACUCAGCUACUGCCCAAUCCUCCCUAUACCCACCAUCGGAGCCCACUCGUAUCGCACACCGCCUCAUCCACCUCCUGGACCUUUCCAUGAAGUCCUACACCGACACAGACCUCGACCAGGCCGUGACCCCGCUCAUCUGCGUCCUGUCUUCGAUCCAUGAACACGCCCCCGGCCAGAACGACGGUGACACUGUCCGCACCUUCAUCCGCAGCAAACUCCUCCCCACGGAGGAAGACCGCCAGAGCGUGCUCGGCAAGACCGACUCACUCCCCUCGCGGCUCCUGCGCAACUGGACGAACCCGAUGGCGCCGCAGUUCCGGAGCGCCGUGGGCCACCUCUACUUUGACAUCUCCGGGAAGGAUGCCGCUAAGUUCGUUGAGAAUGUUGGGUAUGGCUAUGCGUCCGGGUUCUUGUUCGAGAAGGGAAUCCCGCUUCCUCAGGGGGCGGUGGAGCAAAGCGGCGAAGAUUCCACGAGUCGGACUGGUGGUGCCGGAAGGCCGGUGAAUCCCAUUACGGGCCAGUUCUUGGACGAAGAGAAGUUGCCUGACGUACCGGAGAUGACUAUGAAGGAGAAGGAAAGGGAGGCGGAGAAGCUGUUUGUGCUGUUUGAGAGGCUGAAGCAGACAGGUGUGAUGUCGGUGCAGAACCCGGUAGAGAAGGCAGUGCAGGAGGGCCGGUUCGAGGAGCUGCCGGAUGAUUAUGAGGACCUGGAUUAGUACCUUUGGAGGUGGUUUGGAUAAGCGUAUCCUCAUGGCACUUCUGCUAGUUCUCAGCGAUGAAGCUCGCUAUGAGUGUAGUUUUCCGGCACUGUGAUUGAUGACAGUUGAGUGAGUGUCAUUUUAGAUGUGUGACACCUUGCUUGAGGCCACGGUAUGAGGUGCCUCCACGGAGCCAGAUCAGGCCUCCAGGGCAGCCCGUGUCCUCAAGGCAGCCCGUGUCCGGGCUUGUUUGCUGAGAGGAACCGACGCAAAGUCUUGGUUCAACAUCAGACACAGCUGUUCAGAAACUACCCUAGGUGUAGAGUGAUCGUCAUUAGGUAC